AUGUAUGCGGACCGAAUCCCAGUGGCCUGCUACGGGGACAAGAAGAUCCCCAGCAAGCUCAAGUACUUUUUCAAAGAAGACCUGUACGAGCUGUCCGACGUGAAGCUGGACGAGCGAAUCAACCUGCUGCGAAUCCACCUGAAGUAUGUGUUCUAUGACAACCCCUUAUCUGAGUACUUCAAAAAUGAAGGCAACCCGCUGUCGGAAAAGUCCCUAAUUUAUAUUUAUUUCCUUUGCCUUAACAAUUUGGAAGAGUACAGAAAUGAAAAGGAGUACAUUUUAAACCGGUACAAAGACUCAGGAAAUGAGGAAAACGACGAAUGCAUAAUUAUUUAUGCGUACAACUUGGAGGAUAACAUGAACGAAAUUAAAAAUAUUAAAAAAAUAAAGUCAGACUUCAGUCACAACAGUUAUAAAAGCAUAAAAAUAUUGUCCCUGCCAAUCCUGAAAAAUGAAGAUUACGACGAUUCGAACAACAAAAUGAAAGAAUUGUAUGAACACUUUAAAAUACGAUAUAUGGAUCAUUUGAAAAUUUGUAUAGAAAAAAAAUAUCACUUGAUAAGGAGUGGGUACACAAAAUGCAUGACGAACUUUUUAAAUUUCAUAGAUCAUAGUAAAAAAUCGCUUGGCGGAGAGAAAAAAAAAAAACAAAAUUCACAAAAAAGUAAAUUUCAUCUGACUGACUUUACGUACCAAGUGGGAAGUGGACAGGAAGAAAAUCAAAUUCUUCAGUUUGUCAAUUUUUAUAAAAAACAUAACGUCUUCUCAUUCUGCAACGAAUUUUUAGAUAUCAAUUUCUUUUUAAAAAAAAACGAUUUGUUCUCAUACAUCAAUGAAAUAGAGUUUGUAACAGAUUAUGACGAAGAGGUGUACAUAGAAUUGUAUGACCAUUUUUUACUCCUCUUCAUAUGGUGUGAAAAUCUGUGUCUACUUUUCUGCAAGUUAAACCUUUUUAAAAAAAGUUACGUCCUCUACAGCACGAUGGCAAAAUUGUUCAUCAAACAUUUAAACGUGUUUGUAAAAAAAAAAAAAUGCUUCAUCCAUUCGUCCAUCCUGUUCGAAAAAAAUUAUCUUACCUUAGCUAGAUACAUAAGGGAAAGGAACAUAUGCUCCAUUCACUUAUUGGAAUACAUUUUUUUUAAAAAAUUUUCGCUUCUUCUUUUUUUAAAUAAAUUUUCCUACCUUUCCAAUAAGGCUUUAAGGUUUUCCCAAUUUUUUUACACCAAUAAGGUUUUUAUCUUCAUGCAUAAUUUCAGCCGAUUUAAAAACAGCGUCAUUAGGAAUUCCACUCAGAUCAGCUACUUGAAGAAUAUCCAGAGGAAAGUCACAAAGUAUCGCCGCCGGGACCUCCUAGGGAGCGCCGCGGCCAGGGUCCCUCCCCCGGGGGGAUCCCAGCGAGGGGAAAACCAAAGGGAUGCGAAACGUGAUUCAGUCGAGGAAGACAAUCCCAAGAGUGACAACAACAGCUCGCUGGAGCAGGCGCAGCGGGAUGGUACUCCCAGGGGACACUCCACCAUCGUCGAUAAAAACCUUGGAAAGCACAAAAAGAGCCUCAUAAGCGAGUUCAAGGAGGUGUUCAGAAAGGGCGUAGGCAACGUGGACAGCGCGGUUAGAGCAGGGGGGCACGGCGACGCCGUGGGUGAGCACAUGGGCCAAGGCCUGCACGGACGAGAGGAAGAUCACCUAGAAGAUAACUGCAUAAAAGAGGACACCCUAAAAGAGGACAGCCUGAAAGAGGGCAGCCUAAAAGGGAACAGUCUAAAGGAGGACUACCUAAAAGAGGGUAGUCUAAAGGAGAACUUCCUAAAGGAGGACUGCCUAAAGGAGGAGUACCUAAAAGAGGACAAUCUACAGGAUGACGGCCUCUUGAACGACGGCAACCUCGCAAGCGAGAGCCCCGCAAAGACGGCCUCCAACGACCUGUCCAUGCGCCCUGGUCACAGCAGCCGCGGAGACCACCUGGGGGAGUUCCCAGACGAGCGAGACAAAAUCACGUUCCUUCUCAAGUGCUGCUUCAUGAAUAAGGAAAAUUACUUCGCCGUUUACUUUUACAACUUGGCUAACCUCAUCAAGUUCCUCUUCGAGCGAAGGAGCUCCUUUUACCAAGAGGAGCAAAAAAAAAACAAAAGCGAUAAAAGUGUGAAGAAAAACAACACCAAUAUUAGCAAGUACCUAUCGCUGCAAAAGAAUAUUAUGAAAUUGGGAUAUAAGAAAAAUUUUUCCAAAAAAAAAAAAUCGAAAAAAAAUUUGAAAAUUAAAACGAAAAGGAGCAAUUCGUUAAAUGACUCAUCCACAUCGCAGUUGUCUUCCACAUUGUCAGAGCCUUCGGAUGUUAAAAACAACAACUACAGUUUUUACCAGCACAACGAUUUCUUCAUAAACGUUUCAAACAUUUUUAAACUCUCAUUUGUCAUUUUAAAAAAUAUAAUAAAUAGCUACAAAACAGACAAAUUAUUCGACCAGAGAAAUGCAAAAAAGGUUUACUUGCUUAACUUCUUUCUUCAUUACUUGGAAGAAAAACAGUUUGAAAAAAAUAUACUAAAGGAAGAUACUACGCAGCAAGUGAAAAAUGGGAAAAAAAAUGUCUACCACACUUUCCCAAUAUAUCAUAUAAAAUUUUUUUCAAAAAAUAACGAAAAAGAAAAAAAUAACUUACUUAUAAGCAUUAUGAAUAAAAUAACCAAUUUGUGUUAUAGAAAAUACGGCAACAUUGCGAUGAUUAAUAAAUUCUUCUUGGCAAUUAUUUUAUCUGAAAGAUCAAAAUGCAACAAGUCCUUGAAAAUUUUAAAAAAAAUCAUCCAAAAAUGUAAUCACGAUUUUGUUAUCUUUUUCUGUAUGCAACUUAUUUCUUUGCACAAGAUCAAUAACCAAUUUUAUCAUUUUUGCUCCUCUUUUUUUUUAUCCAACAAGUACACACCUAUUUGUUCCUUCAAAGAUGUUAAUAUCAAUUUUGCCAAGGUUGGCCAUUAUCAGGAUUACCUCUUUUUUCUCGACACGAAAAAUUCCCUCCUACAAAUUGAGCAGGACAAAUAUUAUGGGAACGAUUUUUUUUCUUCCCUCGGCAAGGACAUCGUUGUGUCUUAUCGCGACGUAAUGCAACAUGUCAUGAGAUCCGUAGCCACAAAGGCAAAAAUGCACCUGUCAACUGUGCACACACAAGUGCUGCCCCAGGGAGGAGGCAUGAUCCGGAGGGGAGUACCCAAGGAGGGCGAAGAAAUUGGUGGCCACUCCCAAAAAGGCACCUACAGGGGAACCACUACCCCCACGAAGGUAGACAAAAACAAAGUAAUCAAAUUUGAAAGGAAGGUGUUUUACCAGAACAACUACUACUUCGAGCCGAACGCGGGAUUUCUCAAAACCCUGCGCAGGUUUAACUUCUCCGUUUCGAAAAACGAUGAACAUGGCGAGAUACAUAUCCCCCACUCGGAUGUGAAGAUCUUUGUGCAGUCGAAUUAUAACCUCUACCUCUUCGCAUCCAACAUGCUCUUUGGAAACUUCGGCGAAGAGGACGAAGCGGUGGAUUGCACCCGUCUGCCCCACAUCGGAACACUGCUACGCCUAAAAAUACAAAAGUACGCCCAGAAGCAGGGGAAAGGCACAGGGAACAAGGCCCACCCACCCAGAGUAAAGCAGCUAUGUGUGCAGUACGACGAAAACAUCGACAUCUUUGUCUUUUCCGCUCUCUCGCAAAAUCUUCUCAUCGAUAACGUAAUGAUUGAGCUAUACGACGAAAGGGAAAAUAAAAAGUUGCACUUAAAUUUUGCCAAAAAAAAACAUGUUAUCAAAACGGGAUUAAAUCUAAUUAAGUUAAACAUAUCAAGCAUUCUUGAAUGCAGUCAAAUAAAAUGGAAGAAUUUUUACUACAAAAUUAAUUAUGUGUUCCUCCAAGUGAAUCACUUCUGCUUCUAUCAACAGCUGGGGAUACUUCCCAAUGGAAACAUAUUGACUCCCUUUUUAAAUGUCUACACGGAAUUUAUAGCAUCCAAUUAUAUAUUAUAUGAGACUAAGAAAUACGCGACCUUCUUUCUGGAUCAGUUAGUUUCUCCUCUUUACAUAAAAGUAAAAACGUUACAAUCCGUUUUGAAUUGCCAAUUGGUAGCAUCAUAUUUGAACGACACAUCUUUGGUUUACAACAGCAGGAACUAUGUCAAGCUGAUUGUGUCCAAUUCUCAUAGGCAUGUCGACUCGAGGGAGGAGAACGAGUUCAUUUCCACCCAGAGGGACACAACAGAGGGGGACCCCCAUGUGGACAUUCGCACCACCAGCAGCUGCAAUCAAAUUAAAAACGUCCACCUCUUCGUGCACAACAAGAGCCAAGGCUCCGAUCUCCAGCACAUGAGCGAAAAGUUCACCCUACCCGAUUCGGUCUUCUUCGUCAUCGAAGCAAACGACCACGUACAAAUUUCGGAACCGAAGGUUUUAAAACCAGAGCACACCUGUUUUACAAAACCCGGGGACACAAGUGAAUGCCCUGUUGAAAAAGGAGAAGGUGAUUAUCACAACCGGUGUGACUACGGCCACAGGGGGGAAAGCAAGAAGGACUCCUACGCAGUUAUAUCAUUUGUCCCAGUAAGGACAAACAACCCUAACGUGGUUAGCAGUGAAAUGGCUGAAUUCAAUUUUAAUAGUGAGAAGAACCUACACAGCUGUUAUUCAGCUGAUGGGCCUUACUCCAACCCAGACAAGGUAAAAAUUAAAUGCGUGAUAAACAUCGAUUUGGGAGAAAAAAAAAGGAGACAAAGGAAAACAGACUUGUAUGAAUUAUCAAAUGUGAAUUAUGUUGGACAAACCAAAUUCGAUCAUUUUAUUAACCUAGAAAAAGGCUCGUCAUCCCAUCCACCAUUUAAUAACCAAAUAGUGAUUGACAAAACUUUCCACCUUGCUAACAUUUUUAAUGAAAAAAUUAAAACCUACAGAUCGAAAAACACCAUGUUGUAUGAAUUAAUCUUAAAGCUACAUAAAGAUAACUAUUCUGUUUUUUUAAAAAAGUUUCACGUUUCUAUUAGGAACAAGGGCGAUACAGAUAUAACGGGUGCAAAGAUAUUUCUUCUCAACGGAGACAAUGGGGGACUUGUCCCGAGUCACUCCCUGGGCACGGGGGAUAACAGCUCCAAUGAGAUGGCUCAGCUGCAGGCGUACACCCUGGGGGCCGGCAGACCGGGCGAAAAGGAGGCGCAGCAAGAGGGGGAGGAAUUGAAGCAGGAGCAGGAGGCGAAGGAGACGGGGGAAAAUGACGUGAUGGAAGUGAAGGAGUCUGCGGAAGGUGACUUGAUGGAAGUGAAAGGGUCACUGAAAGCGUCAGUGAAAGAUGACGUGAGGGAGGAGAUUAACGUAAGGACGAACGACGCCAUUAACCACGGAAUGAACCACACCAUUAACCACGGGAUGGACGAUCCACCUGACCUAGACACAACGUGUGUUAUUGGCGUGGUGGGGAAGGACGCCCCAGCCCAGGGCGCGGACACCCCGAACGAGUCGGACGCGAGCAACGUCAACCUGUGGAGCGCAAACCAGAUGCAGGAAUCUGGCGCGAGCAGCUUGAGUCUACUCAGUGCAAACGAUCUGAACGAGGAGGGGGGCGGGAAGAGAAACCCAAGCAACGAAGUGAGCUACUUUUAUGACGAAAUUGACAUCAACAGUUACAUCCACGGAGGGAUGAGUUUGUUCUUCCUUUUCGAGGUGACCUACGGCGGUGCGCCGAAAAGUGCCGUUCAUGAUGAUCGUAAUAAUGGGUGUGAUAAUGAUCACAAUGGCCGUUAUGAUCAUCAGAAUGGCACAAAUCUGCUAAUCCACGAAAGCAUGACAGGAACCCUGUGUGUCACAUAUGAAUAUCGAAGCCUCCUGAUCAUAAAGCCAUUCGAGAGGAGCCCGAAUGAAUACAUUUACACCCUGGAUGUGCCGAUCCCCCCAUUCCUGCUGCCAAUUAAUGUGCACUAUGAGAUUCCAAAGUGUGGGACGCUACACACGUCGCUCAAUGUCAAGAUUGUCUUGUCCAAUAAUAUGCGGGAGGAUAUUUAUAUGAAAUAUUUUGUAUACCAGGAGGAGAGAGAAAAAAAUGGUCAGUCUGAAGGUGACGAUGAAUACAAUUGGCUAAUAAAUGGAUUUAAAAAGAAGAUCCUCUUUUUGCCAAAAAAUUCCUCACAUGUCAUUAAUUUGAUUAUCCUUCCUUUAAAAAUUGGCUUAAUUAAAUUCCCCCCAAUUUUAUAUUACGUAAAAUUAAAUGACAGGUGGGUUGAAGUAACUGAAGUUUUGAAGAAGAGCGAGAGCUUUCAACUUAUCAUUUCGCCCUCCCUGCACUUUAGUCCCAAGGUGUGGCAGCUGGCAUAG